UGCGGCUGCCCCAGGCGUUCUCCGCCGCGGUCUCCCAGGGGCCCGAGGGUGGCUUGUGGUCCAAGUCUGGCCCUGCGCGCUCUACGUCUCUGUCCUCUGUGAAGGGCGUCUCCUGCCCGGCUCCCGGCCAGCGGCGCUGAAAAAGGGGCCGGGGAGGAAACAAGAUCCUGGUUCAAUAGAUUUCUCCGCAGAUCCUGUGCAAUUAAACCUGCGAGCUCACACUUAAAGCAAAACAAAACAAAAAUGAAGAAAUUAAGACUUAAGGAACUAGAAAGUCGCCUGCAACAAGUGGAUGGAUUCGAAAAGCCCAAGCUACUUCUAGAACAGUAUCCCACCAGGCCGCACAUUGCAGGAACAGAUAUGGCUUUUCUAAAGACUGCUUUGGAAAUGGCAAGAACAGCAGUAUAUUCUUUACACAAAUCCUCAACUAGAGAACAUAUUCUAAAGAAAGCUGCAGAAUGGAAAAUCAAGAUAAAUAUUAUUGCAGAACUUCGAUAUGACCUGCCAGCAUCAUACAACUUUCAUAAAAAGAAAUCAGUGGACAUUGAAGUGGACCUAAUUCGGUUUUCAUUUUAAAGUCUCCAAAAACAAAGGCAGUUUAAAACCUAAUUAAAAUGAAUAAAAAAUUUGUUUACUAAA